AUGUAUAUUAAAAGAGUAAUAAUUCAAGGAUUCCGAAGCUAUAGGGAUCAAACAUGUCCUGAAGAUUUUAGUCCCCAUCACAAUAUUGUCGUUGGCCGAAAUGGUUCUGGAAAAUCAAACUUUUUCCAGGCUAUUCAAUUCGUAUUAUCUGAUGAAUAUAGUCACUUAAGCAAUCAGGAGCGACAAAACUUCCUCCAUGAAGGUACUGGGCCAAGAGUUAUUUCCGCUUACGUUGAAAUUAUAUUCGAUAAUAGUGAUGGUCGCAUUCCAUCUGAAAAACACGAAGUUUCUCUUCGUCGUAUUAUUGGUAGUAAAAAGGAUCAAUUUUUUCUCGAUAAAAAGAUUGUGACUAAAACUGAAGUAAUGAACAUGUUCGAAAGUGCAGGAUUCUCUCGUAGCAAUCCUUACUACAUCGUCAAACAAGGAAAGAUUACACAACUUGCAACAGCUCCUGACAGUCAUCGCUUAAAAUUAUUGCGUGAGGUAGCUGGAACCCGUGUUUAUGACGAGAGGAAAGAGGAGAGCAAACAAAUCUUUAGGGAAUCUGAGGCCAAGCGGGAACAAAUAUCAAAGCUAUUAGAGAGUAUUGAAGAGAGAUUAGGUACUCUUGAGAAUGAAACUAAGGAAUUGAAGGAAUACCAACGUUGGGAUCGUGAUCGCAGAGCCCUAGAAUACACAAUCUAUGAUCGAGAACUGAAAGAAACUCGAAAAAAGCUAGCUGAAAUUCAGUCGCGGCGAGAACAGAGUAGUGAAAGCACUGCGGAAAUACGACGUGCAGCUAAGGAAUGCGUAGCUCAUAUUGAGCUCCUUGAAAGAGAACUCCGUGAUACUCGUUUAAAAGAGGCUCAAUUGCAAGAUGAGGCGGAGCAGGUGCAGCACUCAGUCAGUGCUAUUCUUCAACGCAGAGAGCAGUUACAGCUGGAGUGUGGAGACUACACUCUAACCCUCUGCUCGGGUAAAUCUGCCCGUGAACACGCCACUGAAGAACUAGCCAAAGUUAAUGCUCAAAUCAAAGUGGUUGAGAAACGCCUUGCAGAGUUGAAGCCCGAGUAUAAAGCGGCUCGUCAAAAGGAAGACGAUAUUGCUAACGCCCUAUCUGACGCUCAACAUAGGCGUAAAGAGCUGUUUGCUAAACAAGGACGUGUCAACCAAUUCCGUUCAAGAUCUCAACGUGAUGAGUGGAUUAAAGAUCAGAUGAAGGGACAGGCUAAAGCAAUUAAGGACAAGGAAACCACCAUUGCUAGACUUACAGAAGAAAUUAGGAAUGACGAUGCUCGCAGAACUGCCUUGGAAAAGGAUCUGUCCACUGCUGAGGAUAAGAUGAAUGCCCUGAAGUCAGAACUUGACUCCGUUCAAGAGGAUUGUCGACGUUUGAGGAGAGAGAAGGAGGAAACGCAGGCCGAUCGGCAGACUGUCUAUAGGGAGGAGACUAGAAUUGCUCAAGAGUUGAAUAAUUAUCGAGAUGAAUUAAGUCGCACCGAACACAAUCUCAGAUCUAUUACUGGAAAGGUUAUUCUUAACGGUCUGGACUCUGUCAGAAAGGUCAUUGAAACUUUCCGUAAUCGUUACGGCCCCGAGCACGACGUUGUUCAAGGUUAUUACGGAACGUUAAUUGAGCUCCUGGAGUGUCCAGAAGACUUUUACACUUGUGUUGAAGUCACAGCAGGUUCACGUCUCUUCUACCAUGUUGUACAGUCGGAUAAAAUCGUCAUAAAGAUAAUCAAUGAAAUCAAUAAACAUAAUCUUGCUGGUGAGGUGCAUUUCCUGCCUAUCAAUAAACUCUACGUCAGAGAGACAAUUUAUCCUGAAGUAGAGGGAGCCAUCCCUAUGAUUUCCCGGCUUAAAUUUGACGAUAAAUUCCGUCCAGUUAUGCUCCAUAUCUUUGGCAAGACCCUGAUUUGUAGUAACCUCGAAGUUGCUAGUCAAUUAGCUAGAAGGCAGAAUUUCGAUUGUAUCACUUUGGAUGGCGAUCAGGCUUCACGAAAGGGUACAUUGACUGGUGGUUAUUAUGACAAUCGUAUGUCUCGACUUGAGUUGCAGAGACGAAAGCAGAAAACUGAGAUGGAAAUCCAAGAGACGGAAAAUGUUCGCGAGAACAAUGCAAAACGCAAAGAACAAGUUGAUACGCAAAUAAAUCGCAUUAUCGAUGAAUCUCAGAGGAAAGAAACUAUCAUCUCGAAGUUGGAGUAA